AUGAGGCAUGUAGAUAAUGAUUGUCCAGCUGUGUUUUUUGUAGAUGGACCGGGUGGAACUGGAAAAAUAUUUGUGUAUAGAGCUUUGCUAGCUAAUGUUCGUUCCCGUGGACUUAUUGCUCUCGCAACUGCUUCAUCCGGCGCUGCCGCUAAUAACAUGCCAGGGGGGAGAACAGCUCAUUCUCGAUUCAAGAUUCCGCUUACUCUUAGUAAUAAUUUGAUGUGCAAUAUAAAAAAACAAAACAGAACUGCUCAACUACUUCAAGCCGCAAAAAUAAUCAUCUGGGACGAAGCAUCAAUGGCAAAGAGGCAGGCAGUAGAGGCACUCGAUAUAACAAUGCAAGACAUCACUGAGAUCGUAGACUCAAGCUUACGGAUGUCACCUAUUUGUUCUUCGAUUAAAAAGUCGAGGCUAACGAUCAAUAUGAGAGCCCUUACUGAUCCAUGGUUUUCGGAUUUUCUGUUACGUGUCGGCGAUGGACAUGAAGAAUCAGUAGACGGAAACUUUAUUCGCAUACCUGAUGACAUGGCCAUUCCUUACACAAAUAAAAAUGAAUUGAAGGAUGCUUUGAUUGAUGCAAUCUUUCCUUCUCUUCAAACCUGCGAGACUGCUUCAGAUUAUAUCAUUUCGAGGGCGAUACUAACAACUAAAAAUGAGCAUGUCGACGAGAUUAAUGAUCAGUUGAUUGAAAAAUUUUGUGGAGAGGAAAAAAUUUACUAUAGUCUUGAUGAAGCAGAAGAUGACAAGAAUAACUUAUAUCCGAUGGAGUUCUUAAACUCACUGACUGUUAGCGGUUUGCCCCCUCAUUACCUUCGGCUUAAAAUUGGAUGUCCAAUAAUACUAUUGCAGAUUAUCGACCCCUCAAAUGGAUUGUGUAACGGCACGAGGUUGAUAUGUAGAGGUUUUCAGCAGGAUGCUAUCAAUGCAGAAAUAGCUGUUGGUCAGCAUGCUGGUUUUAAUCCUCUUGAAUUUUAG